AUGUCACUGUUAUCGAGUGAAUUGGCUAGGGUUCUACCUAAUCCUGAGUCUGACGAGGAAGAGGAAGAUUCAUAUGUUUUGGACGAAUCACCAGAAAAGGAAAGCCAGGAGGUCAUUCAUAAACCAAUCCCUCCUUACUUACAUAGAAAAGGAUGGAUUCCAACAUCCUUAGAUGAUUUUGGCGACGGUGGAGCGUAUCCAGAAAUCAAUGUAGCUCAAUAUCCUUUAGAUAUGGGGAAAAAGAGGACGAAUACAGCCCCAGGAAAUUCACUUGCCCUUCAAGUUAAUUCGUCAGGAGGUGUCGAUUAUGGUGCUAUUGCACGUCAAGGCCAUGAGCAUGGUGAGCUCGUACAAUCGAGUUUCCAAGACUUAAUACCCUUGAGAGCUCGAAUUGGUGUUGGUGAAAUCUCAGUUGAGAAGCCACCUGAAGAACAAAAGCAGCUUGUUGCAAACAAGACAAAGGCUGCUUUAGAAAAGAUCGUAACUGGUAAAAUAUCACAGUCCCAACCUAAAAGUGCUCUAGUACAGAAACCAGACGAUCCGGUAUAUAUCCGUUAUACGCCAAGUAAUCAGAUGGGCCAAGCUCCUAGCAAGCAAAGAAUCAUCAAACUCGUGACAGAAGAACAAGAUCCCAUGGAGCCACCAAAGUUCCGCCAUAAAAAAGUACCACGCGGUCCUCCUUCUCCACCUGUGCCAGUGUUGCAUUCUCCUCCUCGUAAGGUGACUGCAAAGGAGCAGCAGGAAUGGCAAAUUCCUCCGAGUAUUUCAAAUUGGAAGAAUCCCAAAGGCUAUACUAUUCCUUUGGAUAAGCGUCUGGCUGCCGAUGGACGUGGCUUAAAUGAUGUAGAAAUUAGCGACGGAUUCGCAAAGUUUUCUGAAGCUUUGUUUACAGCGGAACGUCAAGCUCGUGAAGAAGUACGUUAUCGAGCUAUAAUGCGUCAGAAAAUGGCAGAGAAAGAAAAAGAAGAGAAGGAACAGCGAUUAUUUAUGCUUGCUCAGAAGGCUAGAGAAGAAAGGGCUGGUCAUGUUCCUAAAUACCAGUCCGGCGAUCGUUCUCCCAGCGUCCGUAGUGAUGAACGAUACCAAUCCGAAUCUCCGGUUAAUAGUGAGCCAGAUGUUGCUGAAUACGAAGAAGAUGAAGGACUGCGUAGACGCGAGGAAAUUCGUCGUGAAAGAAGACGCCAAUACGAGAAAGAGCUUCGAUUAAAUAGAAUGGGUGCUGAAAAGAGAGCCCAGCUUAGCGGUGCAGAUCGUCCACGGGAUGUGUCUGAAAGAGUAGCACUUGGUUUGUCAAAACCUUCCAUGUCAAGUGAAACAAUGGUUGACAGUAGAUUAUUCAAUCAAGCUUCAGGCUUAGGGUCCGGAUUUCAAGAUGAAGAUUCUUAUAACGUAUAUGACAAGCCUUGGAAGGCUGCUCCAACAUCCACUCUUUAUAGACCAGGUGCUACUCUAGGCCGACAUAUUGAUGCUUCUGCGGAAUUAGAGCGAAUAACUUCGGAAAAUCGUUAUGAUGUGCUAGGGUCAGUUCCCAAAAAGUUUAAGGGAGCUGAUGAAGCGUCUCAGGAUGCCUCCGGGCCUGUCGUUUUUGAAAAGGACGUUGAUCCUUUUGGGGUUAAUAAUUUUUUGGAUACAGUCUCCUCUUCAAAAAAAUGA